AUGGAUUCAUCUAACUUGAACCCCGGACCCGACGGGCCACAGAAAGACCAAGCCCGGACAAACCAAGUCGAGCCAGCCCAAAUGGACCCAGAAACACCGAGCUUGAACUUGCUGGACUGUCCCAAUCUGUGGGAUCCAUGUCUGGAACUCGACCUGGACACGCUCUGGGCUGUCGAUCUGACAGAAGUCAAUCUAGGCCCUGUCCCAGCCUUAAGUCAAGUUCAACAGCAGGACAAAGUAAUCACAGGGACUCCCGAUCCUAACCAACAGUCCGUCUCGCGAACAAACGCUCAAAUCCAACCGCAAGCCCAAGCCCAAGCCCAAUCCCAGACGGCAAGCCAAAACGAAGCAGACAGCGAAUGGAAAAUAUUCAUCGGCCAAACGAUGCCGGACAGACUGCAAUCGAUAGCGCAAUACAACGCUCAGUAUCAGCAGUCACUUUUCGCGCAGCAACAUCGACAAGCCUCCUCCCAAGCAGCACUCUCCUCCUCUACUUCCACGCCAACAAUAUCAACCACAACACCAACACCAAUGAACCAAUUCGACAAAUUAAUGCAAAGCCAGCCACCCUCAACACCGCAAUCAAAACAGCCUGCAACCCGAGAAGACCUGGAAAAAGAAGUGAACACCCUAACCCGCCGCCUCGCCUUGGAAAAGGAUUAUCUCUACGAGCGCCAUAACAGACUCAACUUCUUCAGCCAGUGCCUGGCGAGUUUGCGGGAGAUUCUUCAGCAUGAGCGGUUGCAGGGUAAUGAUAAGGUUGGGCUUGAGGAGUGGAUUGCAGAUAUGGCGGUCCUGGUUCAUGAUUUACGGGUUGCUAUUGAUGGGGAUGAGGGGUCGGUUAGGGAGGUGGAGGGAAGAUUGAGGGCGGUUUUUAGCGAGCUUGGUGAGGUCCCUGUGUAG